ACCAUGGUUCAAAUUCUCCCCAAGCACAAGUUUUCCAUCCUUGCCCUUUUCCUAUUCUCACUUGUCAUUGAAGGAGGAUCCCACAAGUUCUCAAGAUCCUUGUCUCAAAGAUCAUAUGGAUUCAAGAGAGAGAAGUUGAGCCACCUUCAAUUCUACUUGCAUGACUUAGUUAGUGGCGACCAUCCGACUGCAGUCCGGGUGGCUGAAGCCGCCAUGACCAACACGUCUCGCACCCUAUUUGGAGCCACACACGUAAUAGACGACUCAUUAACAGUGGGUCCUGAACCGACCUCCAAGAUUGUUGGAAGAGCUCAAGGGAUAUAUGCGUUUACUGACUUAAAUGAAUUUGGGUUGUUGAUGGUUUUUAAUUAUGCUUUUGUUGAAGGGAAAUACAAUGGGAGUACUUUGAGUGUAUUGGGGAAGAAUUCGUUCUUGUCAAAAGUGAGAGAGAUGCCGAUCGUGGGUGGGAGCGGGCUUUUUCGAUUUGCGCGUGGUUAUGUACUUGCAACGACUCAUUCUCUAAAUCUUAGCAGCGGUGAUGCAGUUGUUAAGCAUGAUGUGUAUGUGCUUCAUUACUGAUCAACUUGUUGAACAUCAAUGUUGAUUAAACGUUUUGUAAAACUUUAUGAAGUGUUUGUUAAUUUUGUUGUAUUUGAUGAUGAAUAAGAAACAAGAUGUCAAGAAGUUGAAAUUCUUAAAUGGCAAGUUGUGCAUUGAAACUUUGAUGAUUA